ACCUCGACGAUGCACGCUGGUUUGUCUGUCAGAAAUGUUGGCCAGAUAACCUCAUAUGUGUCAUCUUUAACUCGUUUCGAAUCUACAAGGCAGUCGGCGACAAGUUGGAGUUGUUACUCGGUGACUCUCAACAGAAGACACGGCUGGGCUCUAAAGUAGAUUUGUGUAGUUUCUGUAUUUUUACACCUUAUAACGUGACGGUUUCCAUGGAGCUGGUGGAAGAAAGUAAGACUGUGCAGACGGAGGGAACCACGGUGGACAAGGCCAACGUAACCGGCAAACGGAAAAGCGACGAGCUGUCUGAAGCGAGUGGCCGGGGAAAGAGGCGAAGAGGAGCCGGGGGUAAGAACCUCCGGCCGGGUGAGAGAUACGUGCCUCCUCCGCAGAAGCGUAACCCGGGUGUCAGUUUCAGUCAGGCACAUUUCGACGAGACCUCGUACUACUUUGAAGGCGGUCUUCGUAAAGUACACCCGUAUUUCUUUGACUUCAAGACCUACUGCAAAGGUCGCUGGGUAGGGAAGAGCCUUUUGGAAGUGUUCGAGAGUGAGUUCCGAGCCGAGUCCAUUGAAUAUUACCAAAGGGCUGCUCGAGAGGGUCGCAUCCGCCUGAAUGAAACUCCUGUGGAGGAUCUCUCUGUGGUCCUCAAGAACAAUGACCACAUGAGGAAUACCGUCCACCGUCACGAGCCCCCCGUGGUUGGCAAGCCCCUGGAGGUUCUGGUGGACGACGGUGAAGUCCUCGUAGUUGACAAGCCCGCUUCCAUCCCCGUCCAUCCCUGCGGCCGCUUCCGACACAACACAGUGAUUUUCAUCUUGGGAAAAGAGCGGGGCAUCUCUGAGCUGCACACGGUUCACAGACUGGACCGACUCACCUCAGGAGUGCUGCUCUUUGCCAGGACACUGGAGACGUCAAAGAAACUGGACCAGCUGGUGAGAGACAGGAAGCUUGAAAAGGAGUAUGUUUGCCGAGUGGAAGGGGAGUUUCCACAAGGUGAACUGAUCUGCGAGGAGCCCAUCCUGGUUGUGUCCUUUAAAAUCGGACUCUGCCGCGUUGACCCGAAGGGAAAGGAAUGUCGGACAGUGUUCCAAAGGCUUAGCUUCAACGGGAAGACCAGUGUAGUGCGCUGUUUACCACUUACGGGCCGUACCCAUCAGAUUCGGGUGCACCUCCAGUACCUGGGUUUCCCUAUCCUCAAUGAUCCCAUCUACGGUUCAUCAGCCUGGGGUCCUCACAGGGGGAAAGGUGGGCUGAUGGGAAAGAGUGACGAGGAGAUUCUGAAGGCUCUUGUCGAGGAACAUCAGGGUCAGGAAAGCCUACAUCUGCUGGAUUUAUCUGACAAUGGGAACAUUUUUUCCAAAGAGAGACAGAUGGACAAGAAAUUGAAUGAUGGGUCAUGUGAAACUGAGAAAAGUGGAGAAACUCAGCAUUGUGGGGAAGUGACGCCGCAGUCCAUCUCGACGGAGGUAAAACAGAGCACCGUUAGCGGUAACAAGACCUCAAUCCAAGAAGCUCAAGACCAAUUGAAUGGAAAACAAACGACCACCAGAGACCACCUUUGUAGUGAGUGCAAACUACUGCGAGCCGACCCCACAGAGAAGGAACUCAUCAUGUACCUACAUGCUUUACGCUACAAAGGACCAGACUUUGAAUAUUCAACACAGUUACCUGACUGGGCCCAAGAGGACUGGGUGUAUGUGGACUGAUGCCAACCCCCCACCCCCAUUUGCCGUUCAGGAUGUCCCGAUCCACAUUUUUUGGCAUCCAAUCUGAUUUUUUUUUACAUAGACUACAAACAUAAAUUAGUGGAAUUGAAUAUGGUUAUGAAAAUAGCUCUUCAAAAUAAUGCAAUCAGAGUAUUGCUGAAUUUACUUUUUUAUUACCGGGCAUAACCAAGUAGGACUAGUAGUCGGACUAAUCAGACUUUUUUGUUUUAAACUCCCUUCAACGCAAUUUAAUAAUGAAUUCACGACCCUUAGUAUAAACAACCAGUGGUCACAGCAGCACUUUCCGUGCAAACUCUGCAACAUGACACAGCAGUCCGGGCACAGUGAGGGGGAACUACUGCUACAGCUAAGGAGCCGAAUAUCCACCUUGAUGUGUUUUCUUCUUCUUGCGGGUGUUACAAAUGUGAUACGGCCACCGAAUCCACCCGAUCACGUAGCAAAACCCGAUGUUAUCCGACUUUUUAAAAAUACAGCUGAUCAGCAACCAAUCCUGAUCCUGACGAAUGGAUCAGGACAUCCCUACUUGAUGGUGCUCUCAAAAUCGCUCUCCAUUCUGGCUCUAAGGUGGACUCUGCUAUGAUGCUGUGGUACAGUCACUUUUUUCAAGAAAGAUGAGUUUCUCUGAACAAAUCAUUGCUGUCUGGGGCCAAUGUUUGGCAGGAACAUAUAUUUAAUGGUAUAAUUUGUUCCUAUAAUGAAUGGAUACUUACAUUUUUAUUUGACAUUAGGAAUAGCAUGAUUUGAACAGCAUACACCAGUCGGACUUGGGUGUGGGAAUAGCCUGUCCCUUUAAUGAAAUAAUUUUCUCAUUAUUGAAGGUCGACUUGGUUAUCUGGUGUUGAGAAUCCUUCUUUGUAUUAAAACACUUUAAAACCAUGUUUUUUUAAAUCAUGUUUCCAUCAUGUUUUCCAAGUCUGAGAAUCAGAGAGGUUAUCAUCCACAGUGGCGAUAUCUGGUCAUUUGUUUUCUACUGUAUAUGAUUUUAGUUUCAUAUGUGUUGAGUCCCUUUACAAAAAGCCAAUAAUUCCCAUUAUGCAAGAAAAUAUUUCAUUAUCAGCGGUUUGGAAAUAACCUUGGAAAUUCCCUCAUUUUUCUUCUGGGAAGUCUGGAAUAAAUGACUCCUUUCUAAGGCAGACUAUCCAUUUAUUGUGGAGCCUUGUUGCUUCUGUAUAAUGAGAAAAGGUACACUUCAUAAGCAAGAUGAACAUUUCUAUGUCACCUUUUUAGCACACAAACACACGACACACAAAACAGGUGUUUCUGCAGUCAAUAGACAUUUGGCACAUUUUUGUUCAAGAUUGUUUUACAUGGCAAUGACGAGACACUGAGAUUGAGUCUGGAUAAAAGCUUUCUGUUCAAAAGAUAGUUUUCUGUUUUUCAACAAAGUAAACAAUUACUCGUUUCAUUAAAGCACACUUUGAUCUACACAGACACACACACACAUACUUAAUUUGCUUUACACUCAUUUGCCUUUACAGCCAAUGUAAUAAUUUGGUCACGGACACGAGAAUAAACUAUUCAGUUUUCACAAGUCAUGAUACACAGUUAACUGGCUUCUGGCUUCCUUAAUGGCUACAUAAAACAAAUAACGCAAAAUAUAGUGGAUGCGUUGUAUUUGUACUUGUGUAUUUCGGAGGGCCCUUUUCUUGAAAUCUGAAUGUUUGUUGGCCAACUGCAUCCUCUGCUGACAAAGUGUAAGCGACAUUGUGUGUCACACAUUUGCCAUAACAACCAUCCUCAUAGCUGACAUUUACAAUACAAUAUUUAGCACAUAAAAUGUAUGUUGUUUAAUAACAGUGGAUUUCUGGUCUUACAUUUCCCUUUCAUUGAUUCACUUCUUUGUAUUUAGUUUGAACCAAGAAGUCAAAUUGAGGUCAGAGUAGUCCAUUAAAGGUUGCAAGGGGCAGUAGCGGUUCUCGAUGUGGGCCAUAUGUCCAAUUGGGUGACAUUCUCCAGGGGGUGCCGGGGAGGGGGAAAGGGAAAAAAUGCAUUUACUAAUUCUCAAGGCUCGCCAAAUCGGGCGCCAUCUACAGGCGUGAUACUCACGCCCCCAAACAUGAUCAAACGUCCACCACGUGAUGUGGAUGAACCCAAGCAAGUUUUGCAAUAGGGUGGGUGCCGCUGGACCUCAGCCUUUAGUUUAAUUAUAAGGUAAAAAAAAACAGACUUUUAACAAUAAUUACUCAAAAAUGAAACUCUCCAAAAAACUGAACUUCAGUAGUCUUAUUUAGUCUCAGUGUGAGAAGUAAAAUGGGUUCAUUUUGCAUUGAUAUAUAACAGAAGUUAGCUUUAAAAAUAAUUAUUUUUCUGGCACCUCACACCUUAAAGAAUCCUUUUCUCUGUGUUUCAGAGAUUAGUGGAAAAUAAAGAAGCAGCUAUUAAAUUAAUUCACUUUAAAGUAAAACUAUUGCAUAAUCUUGAUAUUAAGUGUAAACAAAGACUGUGGUUGCACAUUUGUUUAUGUGCAAUGUCGUUAGGACAGAAAACUGUCCUAUUGAAGUCAAUGCUUGUAAUGCAAAUAUGUUAGGCUAAUGUCCAUGUGAAAGAUAUUACGAUAAAACUGCUUAUAGCGUGUCUUCUCGUCCAUCUCUUUUAAUCCAAAUGUCUGGUAAGUCCGGCUUGCUGUUGGGUAAAAUGACAAUGUCCCCAGUCUGACUGCUGCGACCUUUCCCACACGUUUCAUAAACGGUCUCCCGGAGUGAGAGACGCAAUGUGUCUCUUUUUCCAUUCAGGUGUCCCGGUUGUAACUGAGCUUCUCCAUCACUCUGGGCGUUUGAAGGCCCUGCUUCAAUGUCGCUCAAACACGUUUCAUUGGAAUCAUCCAGGAACUCACAGGAGCUAAUGGACCGAGAGGAGGCCUGAAGGAGUCUCUCAUCUGUGGUUUGCUCAUCUGUGCACAGACACGUCUGGUCGGUGGUCUCAAGGGUGUGGCUUAUUAUGGUCUCAUCCAUGCUAGAAGACGAGGAGAAUGUUUUAUUGGUCCAGUGUUGCAGCGUGCUGGAAGGAUCCUGACAAGAUUUACACAACUUCUUGCCGAGAGUCAUGUCAUCCUUUGCAAGAUCUACAGAUCGUCUCGGGUUCUCUUUGUAUGGAGAAGAAGUCUGCAGAGCUACAGGUGCUUGGCACAUCUGCCCACCUUCCCCCGCCGAGGCCGCAUCGCUCCCGCAGUACUCGAUCUCAUCAGACAGCACAGAAGGCCUGUUGGACAGUUUACUGGUGCAGGUGCUGUUCUCAAAGCUGUCACUCAGUCGAUAGGCCAAUGGUUGCAGCUCGUACUGUUCCGGCCCUCUGGCCCCGCCUCCUGUUCCCAACUGUCUCCCCCUCUGCUGAUUGGAGUAGAGGUAACCACCUGCUUCUUUGUCAUAAGUCCUUCUCAAUCUGGCUCUGUCAAAAGCACCGUUAGUGGACAAGGCGCCUUCUUCUGACCCUGAGCAAGAUGACAUCGUCCCGCCAGACGGAUCUGACAUACAGGGGAGUGGAAUCCUGCCACAGUUCCUCUGAGGGCCAAAGAAGCAGCACAGGGACUGGAAAAAGAAAGUUGCAAAUCCACAUGCUACACAUUUAACCAAAAAUAAGAAAAUCCCCAAUUUCCUGAAGAGCAACACAGUCGAAGGCGACAUAAUGAGCCCAGUGCAGAAAAAAGCCCCAGAAAUGAUUGCUACAGGACAUCCCAUCCUCUUUGUAGCGUGUGCUACUUUUCCUAUUUGAUCUGAAUGAGGAGCAAAGCAGUAAGAAAUACAGUAGUUGGCCACAAAAUCAACACAUAGCCCCGCUGCGGAUGAGAUGAACAAAGCCUCAAUGCCACUAAGCUGCCACUCGAGGAGGACCAGUAGUCCAACGGUAACAAAGACACUACCACCCACAGCUACGGUCCCGUAAAGACUUAAUGGAAUAUUCCAGGUGGUUAUGAGAAGCAAAAUAAAUGUAAGCGACACGGAAGUGCCAGCUACUGCUAAUGUCUCUGAGCUCAAGGCUUGUUGAAGGUCAAAAAGAGACAGCUGGCUGACGAACCAACCUUUCUCCAACCCUUUUGGUGCUCCUGAUAUUUCCUUGUUGAACCACGCCAGGGUUUCUCUGUAGAAAACGCUUGUUUGGCUGAAGUUGAAGCUGUAGCUGUAUGUGGUUUUGAAUGCCAGCACCAAGGCGGCGAUGCGGCCAUCUGGAUGGAAGUAAGGCCCGCCCACUUUGCUCAUAUGGCCUUCGUUGGACUUCUCUGCCAGCAUCAUGCUCAGGCAGCUCUCAAAGACGCUCGGGGGGAACGGGAAGGUGAUGUCGUUGCAGCAAAGAUGAAGUGCAUCAUGGCUUUGUGAGCACCUUCUAAGAGAUACCCAAUGGAUAAGCUGGUCCACAAGACAGACAUUAUCUAUCAUCGACUCUUUGUCCGUAGGGGAUGGGGCAGAGUAAAAACUUUGGUUUUGAACCCGUCCGCACAGGUCCCUCAACCAGACCUGAGCAUCACGUUGACUCAUUGUAAAGUCUGGAUCUAGAACCAAAGAACCAUUGCUUUUUGGGUUAAAGUGAUUUCCGUUGUCAGUCGGUUUGACUCCCCAAACAAGCGUCAACGUCACGGGCCUAUCUUCUCCGUUUGUUUGUCGUUCAAACAUAAACAUGUGACGAUAUUCGGCAUCGUAUCUUUCAAAUGGGUGACUGGAGCGGAAAAGCUGUGUGACCGUGCUGUCAAGGGUGGGGAGCUUCAUUCCCGGGUCAAAGCAGGACAUGUACGUACCACCUGCAGCUAGCACUGCGAACCAGCACACCCAGAUGUAGCGGAACUUUACCACUCCACAAGGCAGGAUUUUGAGGAACACUAAAUUAGACGUGUCGGCAAGACCUCGUUUCAGUUCUCUCAGCUUCUGCCCAAAUGUGAAGAGGCAUCUCUUGCGUGAGCUCGCAUCCCAGAAUCCGAGGGGGUUUUUACUGCAACAGGGCUUCCACUCCUGCAGCGGUACGGAUGCAGAGGAUGCUGUAUAGCGCUCACGCAGGAUGAACGCGCACGGCAGCCACACCAGCGCUAAAAGAGAGCUGACCAAGGAGGCCGUGCCGAGAUAAACGGCGAAACAUCUGAUAGCUGUGAUGCUGCUGAGAUAACCGGAGAAAAAAGCCGCACUGGAAGUCAAUCCUGACGCUAGAAUCAAAUAGCCCAUUUCCUGCAAAACCCUGUGCACUCUCUUCUCCAGGGAGGUCGAGGGCUUCUGGGACAACUGCAGAUUCCAGAAGUCGGCAAAGAUAAAAACUUGAUUGGAGCAACUUCCCAGGAGAAUAAGCGCUGCUGAGAGGUUAACCAAAGGGAAGAAAGUCAAACGAAAUGCUACUUUGUAGAGGAAAUAGGAAGUGAGGAGGGAGCCUGCGAUUGCUAGCACAGAUAACGCCACCACGAAGAGAGAGUGGAGAUAAAGCGCCAUUGUGAAGAGAAGCGAAAUGACUGCAAGGACCGGGAAUACCGAGUCUCUUGCCAGAUAAUACUUGAACAGUGCUUGCUUGAUUCCAAGAUCCAUGCCGGUGACCGUUGUAUUCUUGUAUGUUAGAUCUCUUCCCUUCAGGCUCCUCAUGUAGAUCUCCAUCAUGCGUUCCCCUUUAUCGACCGGUAGAAAUAGAAGACUGUACUUGAGGGUUGGGAUCUGAUACUCCGCUGUCUGUGGGCUGAGGAAGUCUUUAUCAACCAGGAAGUGCAGAAUUUGGAAAACUAUGCGAGAUUGCUUGCAGUGAGAUGGGACAGAAGAACAGCUGCCAUAUUUGUGUCUCUGAAAACAGGCGUCCACUAGGUGUCCCUCAUGGUAGUAAGGAGCACACCUCCGGAGAAGAUUAAGAGCCUCGGAGACCUGAGGUGAAGAAAAAUAACCAUAAAGGAAAUGGUAAAAACAGCUUUUAAACCUUUUGAAAAGUAUUGUUGGGAAUGGGGAACUCAAUAUUCCUUUUUGUAAAAGCUACCUGGUGUGAGGUUAGGCUUAGGCAGCAGGAGGCAUUAGUCAGGACCGCUAAGUAAUUUCCUAUAGACCAGCUUGGACAGCAGCCACUUCUGGACACCGCUUCAGCCUCAGCUCUCACAUGCUGCUGGCACACAUCCUGGAACUGAGCCUGGGAGCGUAUCUGCGACAGACAAGGGAAAUGUUUUUCAACACAUUCCCAAACAAAUUACCCAAUUACGCUGCAUCGGAGGCCAACGUUUCAACACGAAGGAGCUAAAGAAGCGAGCAGAUGGGCGAGGACUAAAAGGUGACAUGAAAGCAUGAGUAUAGAUCAGAGCGUACUCUAGAUUGUUCCAUCUCGCACAUGGCGUGGAUGGCCUUCAGGCUCCAGAGGCUGGCUGAGUUUUCUGAGCGAAACACCAGCUGGGCUAAAUGCUGGCCUGUGCAGAGGAGACAGAUGGACUCAGCACACAAUAAGGCCACCUGUGAAUCAUCCUUUCUUCUAGCAUGUAAAACAACUCAUAACGUAUUUGAACAUAACGUCAACCAUGAUUUUACUGCCUUUGAAACAACAAUUCAGAACAUUAUGAAAAAGAUGACUAUAAGUAUA